CGCACUAGCGGCACUUGUCCCGCUACAAGACCGGCGACUAGAAAUCACAAUACUUCAUGAUACUACGGAUUUUGUGGGUUAUCAUAAAAAGUACUGGUUUUUAAUCGUAUCCUGUCUGUGUGAACGUCUCUUAGUCUACUUGCCCAGCAGACAGCAUGUUUUCAGUGAGGCCAAGGUAGCCUCUCAGACCCAGAUAACCAGCAGAUAACCAGCAGGUCUGGCUGAGAGAACCAGUACAGACCCAGAGAGCGUGAGGUCAGAGCCAGGACAGAGCCCAGAAAGAGGGAGGAGAGAGCCCAAAAAAAGAGGGAGUCUGGACGGACGGGCAAGGAGAAGAAGAGAUCCAGGGAUUAGGGGCUAAUCUAGGCCACGACCAAUCCCCUGAGGAGACCCCCCUUUUUCCUUCUGAAGACACAGACAGCUGCCCGGAUUACUGCAUUAAACUUAUUACCUUUUAGAGACUUAACUUCUGUUUUUGUUAUUUUUUCUGAAACCAACCAGUGCUCGGUUUCAGCCCUGCUCUAUCAGAUGCCUGGAGUGUGGGCGGCUGGAUUUGCGUAACUCUGAAAACAAAGGAUCAGAAGGAGAGGAGGAGGACAGGGCAUGGGGGGGAUGCUGGAACGUAUAGGAGACAUAUAGGACCAUUCCGUAAAGACGUGUGGGGAUAAACCUUCUGGCUCCAGCUGUGUCUGCGGGAGUCAGACGAGAGGUCAAAAAGUCUCUCUCUCUCUCUCGCUCUCUCUCUCCGUGCCCCUCAGGACAGUAAGGACAGACUCGACCCCCACUGAGCAUGGGCCAAAGAUCCUCCGACUGACACAGGAUUACAGUAAAACAGAGCUCCAUGCCCUUCUGUUAGUACAGUGUGACGGGGGUUGAGGUAUCUCUCCUCCACUUGAAAUACAUGGUUGAAACUGAGGAGUAUCUGCUUUGCCUCACAUUCACACACAAGCUGACCAGUGCAUGAUUGCUUUUGCCUUUGCAGCUCACAGUCACACAGGAGAGUUAGUAAGGGAUGUUGAGGUGGUGGCUUGAACUCUCAGUAUAUGAAGUCUGGUUAUGAGUGUCUGGUUCAUGCUCUCUAGAAGUUAAGACUAUCUCAAAUUCAACAUUACACCUAAUAGUUACACACACCUAAUAGAAGUCUGUUGGUCUGGUAAGUGAACCCCUGGUACUGCUCUCUCUCUCUCUCUCUCUCUCUCUCUCUCUCUCUCUCUCUCUCUCUCUCUCUCUCUCUCUCUCUCUCUCUCUCUUUCGCUCUCUUUCCAGUCUGUGGUAUGAGGCAUACUUCCUCCCUCUGUGCUGCUCCCAGCUUCCCCUCUUAAAACGCCAGCCAGUGGAGACCUAAAGGAGAGGGCCUGGGACUGUGGUCAGGAGCAAACUAAAAGGCUGCUUUAACCCUGACGCAAUCCCAUUCAGAGGUCUGCUUCAAGUCAUUAAUAAAGCCAGGCUAUCGCGCGUUGGAGGGCCUCGGCAGUGGAAAGCUCUUAAAAGAACAGUGUACGUUACACUAUCAAAUUAUUACAGAAAGCGAUAUCCAUUACUUUGCUGGCUAAAGAGAACAAAGGAAAAGUCCAUUAUUUGUACACCUCCUGCCAGUGUUGACUUACUGGGGUAUUUUGUGCAAUAAAAGUCGGCUAAGUGAUUUUCUUAUCAGGAUAUUUGUCAGUAUUUUAUGCAUUUAUGGCAAAAAAUAGAGCAGUAUGUUUUUAUCUGGUGGCACAUACUUUGCAUGUUUGUAAACAAGAUUUGGGGCUUCUGGUCAGAUCAGUUUGAAGUGUUGAAUGAGGGUCUCUGCUCUGCUUUUGAAGACAGAUAAAAAGUAUUUUGGGGAAAUAUGUGAUAUGAUUAAGUAGCACUCGUGUUGUAGCUAAGCGCAGGAUGAGAGAGAGACAAAAUAUCCUUAAACUCUCAGACAAAAAACAGACUUACAUUGAAUUUGUUCUCGAGAGAAGUGUCAGGAGAGUUACUGUGGUCUACAUUUAGAAGGUUCCAGAACAGUGGACUUUGAAACCCGGAACAUUGAGGACUAACAGAAGGCAAGGGUCUGUAGAAAAACCUGAUCCAGUUACUUUAUGACUGAAUGUUCCAGAUAGUGAUGUGUUCUGCCAGACCCCUUACCUGGUUCUAUAUCAAUACACCAAAUCAGUCUCUAGCAAAGAAAGUCCCCUCAAGGUUACUGGACUGUUAUAGCUGCAUUUGAGCCUCUCCUAGAUGGAGAAUUGAAUACAUUUUUGUGCUUUCUUUUAAUAAAUGGUUCCAGUGUACAACCGCAGGAGGGAUAUUUGCAGCUGGAACUGGGGUUAUUCCUGAGCUGAUGUUUUAUAAACCCAAAGCCUAAAACAACUGUCGAGCCCAGCGUCUCUGACCACACUCAAACUGUCAGUGGAUUCCAGGAACUGAGCUGCAUACUUUUUUCCUCCAUUUCUCUUGAUUUAAUCCAGCUGGAUAUGGAUGACAACAAACAGCAGAAAAUGGGACUGAAAUUGCAAACAGCACAUGAUAACAAGAGAAUACAAUAGACUGCUCCAUUACUGAAGUUGACUCUACAAGACCUGGUGGUGGAAUUCUAUUCAAAACCUAAACGAUCACAAUCAUUACUUUUGAGGCACACAAUCCCCCUGGGAGCAUUUCUAAAGCAAAUCUCCACUAACAGUUUCGCCAAAGAUAUUUAAAUUCCAUAUCCAUCCCCACUUUCAGUGGAUUUAAACAGAUUUUUGUAAUUUUUUAGAAGACCAUACCCUUGGCCAUCGCCAUGAACCUGGGUAAGAUCCCUGGGCUAAAGGGCCUGGUGGCCGGCUCUCAGGGUAAACGUAGUUUCAAAGGUGACCUCACCUUGGACAUGAUCAGCCCUCCGCUGGGAGACUUCCGCCACACCAUGCACGUGGGCCGCGGAGGGGAUGUGUUCGGGGACACUUCAUUCCUUAGCAACCACGGUGGGGCCGCCAACGGAAACGGGGAUGAUGAUUCCGUCACAAGUCCUGACAACAAGAUCGGGGCUUUCUUCUCUCGGACCCUCCGGCAUGUUCGGAAGACACCAGAGCGUCCCAGGGGGGGGUCGAAGGACCUGUCCCCGACACCCCCUCCCAUCUCCCCCAUCAUCAAGAACGCAGUGUCCCUCCCCCGGCUGGAUGUGGACGGCUGCCCUAUUAAAAACCUCUUCCACACCUCUCCUACCUCCCUGGAGGAGACCACUUAUGGUUAUGGUCUGGAGUCAGGUUUCGUCACUCUGCCUCGCCUCUCCUGCUCAGCGGAGCGUCAGUUGCAGCAGGGAGGCUCCUGUACCCCCAACACCCACGGCGGCUCGCUCACCGACGUCUCCGCCCUCCUGUCCUCCUCUGCUGACCCGACCCUGACCUCUGACCCUGGUCACAUGACCCGGUUCGACUCCUUGUCCUCCAUGGCAUCCUUCACCUUCGACCUGGGGCCCUCCCUCAUGAGCGAGGUGUUCGGUUUGAUUGACAGUCCCAAUGGCCACCCAGAGCCCAGCCACGCCUGGGAGGCAGAGGAGGCGGAGGAGCCAAGCGGCUCUGCGUUCGGGUUUGCGACCAAUGAAGGCUCGGAGAUGGACUCGGAGAUGGAUGCCACCACUGCCUCAUUGGUGGAUUCUCUGCUUCGAGAGGACUGUAGUAGUAGCAGGAAGAGUCCAUAUGGGAUGGAGUGGGAAGAGGAGGAAGAGGAGGCUAGGAGAACGAAUGUGGAUGGAGGUGAGCAGCAUCUUAAAGGGGCGGUGCCUGAUUUAGUGAUGGGCUCCCCCUCUAGACAGAGGCCUGCUAUGGAGAGUGAGAGGUUCCAGGGUUCCACUGAUGUGCUGGGGGUGCUCUACGAGGGUUGGAGGGCUCCUGAAGGGGCAGCAGAGGAUGGAUCUGGAGGGAAAGGUGACCAUGUGCCAGACCAUGAAGAAAACCCCUUACAUUUGCAUUACACCUGAUGAGGAGGAGGAGGAAAUCAAAGUCUGAACUAUAAUGACAGCCUAAAUUGUGUUUAACCAGAAGUACCUACUACAGAUUUCCCACUGGGCACACACUGGUUGAAUCAAUGUUUUUUCCAUGUCAUUUCAAUUACAUUACGUUGAAACCAACAUGGAAUAGACGUUGAAUUGAUGUCUGUGGCCAGUGGGUUGUGAUUAUUGGUUAAUUCCUUGUAAAGUCUUUUGUCUUAAGAAACUGCCUCUAUUGACCCUUCUUCUUCAUAAUUUUCAAAUAUUCCUUGGAGAAAUUGAAUGUUAUGUCGUCAGAAGACUCACUUAAAGAAUUUGAUAUUGUUCCCGAAUUCUCCCAAAUGUGGUGGAAAGUAUAUUUGUUGAAAGACUCAUUGAAAGAUGAUGGAUGCUGAAAGUUCCCCAAGCAAACAUACAUUAUGGAAGGAGCUAGAACAGGCUAAUAAUAGCUAACUACAUGUGCUUUUAAAAGAGGUCACUGGAACCAGUGGCGAACAAAGAAACAAAGAGAUGGGGUAGAAAGUGUGAGAAUAUACCACAGAAAGUGGUCUGAUGCAGAGGAGUUACCAUGGAAACCACCGGAGGUUGGUGGCACCUUAAUUGGGGAGGACGGGCUCGUGGUAAUGACUGGAGUGGAAUAGGUGGAAUGGUAUCAA